AUGGCAAGAACUGCUGCGAACGGCCACUUAAAACCACAUUUAAACCAGAAUGGACUGAAACGCGAAGACAUAAAGAGAAAUGGCUAUCACAACAAGAGAGAGAAAAAUGGCCCAGGGACUUGUGUUGCCUCCAGGCAGCACAAGCAGGAGUCCUUUGAACAGGCCCCGAUGUACGUGGCUGUCAUGACAUACCUGGGCUUUGGCAUUGUCACGCUGUUUGGCUACUUCAGGGAUUUCCUCCGAGCUGUGGGCAUAGAGAAGUGCCACCUUGCCCAGGAAAGAGAGGAACAGAAGGACUUCGUGCCGCUUUAUCAAGAUUUCGAGAACUUCUACACUCGAAACCUGUACAUGAGGGUACGUGACAACUGGAACCGUCCCAUAUGCAGCCUGCCAGGACCAGUCUUUGACGUGAUGGAGAGGGUGUCUGAUGACUAUAACUGGACAUUCAGGUUUACUGGGAAGACGCUACACAAUGUCAUCAACAUGGGCUCCUACAACUACCUCGGUUUCGCUGAGAACAACACUGAUUUCAUGAAAACUGUGGCAGAAAAAACUAGCCAGUACGGGGUUGGGGUUUGCAGCACAAGACAGGAAAUAGGUAACCUGGACAUUCAUGAAGAGCUGGAGCAACUUGUGGCCACUUUCCUCGGAGUGGAGUCCUCCAUGACUUUUGGGAUGGGUUUCGCCACCAACUCAAUGAACAUCCCAGCACUUGUUGGCAAGGGUUGCUUGAUACUGAGCGAUGAGGUUAAUCAUACUUCUCUCAUCUUGGGGGCCAGACUAUCUGGAGCUACGAUCCGGGUGUUCAAACACAACAACAUGCACAGUCUGGAGAAGCUGCUCAGAGAGGCGGUUUGUUCGGGGCAGCCUCGGACGCACAGGCCCUGGAAAAAGAUCCUCAUCAUGGUGGAGGGCAUCUAUAGCAUGGAGGGCUCAUUGGUGCGACUUCCUGAGAUCAUCGCUCUGAAGAAGAAGUAUAAAGCAUAUCUGUUCGUGGACGAGGCCCACAGUAUCGGGGCGGUGGGGCCAACAGGGAGGGGCGUGACCGAGCUGUUCAAUGUGAACCCAGCCGAUGUGGACGUGAUGAUGGGCACCUUCACCAAGAGCUUUGGGGCGGCUGGAGGCUACAUCGCAGGGAAGAAGGAGCUGGUGGACUACCUACGCUGUCAGUCCCACAGUGCAGUAUACGCCACUUCCUUGUCCCCUCCUGUCACCGAGCAGAUCAUACGUGCCAUGAAGUGCAUCAUGGGAAAUAACGGGAGCACAGAGGGCAUUAGAAGGAUCCGCCAACUGGCAGAGAACACCAAAUACUUCAGGGCCAGGCUGAAGGAGAUGGGCUUCAUCAUCUACGGCCAUGAAGACUCACCUGUGGUCCCAAUCCUGCUCUACAUGCCCGGCAAAGUGGUGGCUUUUGCUCGAGAAAUGCUGGAGAGGAAAAUUGGUGUAGUUGUCGUUGGAUUUCCAGCCACGCCGAUCACAGAGGCCCGAGCUCGCUUCUGUCUGUCUGCAGCGCACACCAGAGAAAUGCUGAACCAGGUGCUGCACCACAUGAACGAGGUGGGAGACCUCUUCUGCCUGAAGUUCUCACGACGGAAGCAUUCGUCCCGUCCUGACCUCCAUGAUGAGACAGGGCUGGAGCUGAGCAGCUGAUAUGACCUUUGACACCUUCAUUUCACAGUGUCAAGACGAAGUCUAAGUGCCCACGCAACAGCAGAGUAACACCCAUGUCUCACGGCAGAACAAGGGCCAAAUGUUAAGCAUCUGCCUAUGUUGGUUAAACAUUGUGAUCUAACAGAACAUUUAUUUGUGCUUCUUAACAUGGUACCCUAUAUGAACUAUUGAAAUACCUUAUUUACUAAUAUAUGUAUAUUUGAAAACAAAUGUUCGCACAUCCAUUGCUGGAUUGGUCUCAGGUAUGGUGUAAAAUAUUUAGAGUUAUUAGCUUUUUAUAUUGAGACAAAAAACAUAUGGUUAGUUCAAUAUAUUUCAGAGGCUCUUUUUACACAUUUUUCUCCCGUCUAUAUUAAGACGUUACACUUUUUAUGGAAGCAUUUUUUGCUUCUCAUAACUCAACAUCAUGGUGGUUAUUAUUUAAAAGAUGAUGUAAGGAGUCAUUUUCUUACCUAACAUGAAGUAAUAGGUAUUGAAAUUGGAAAAGGCAUUUGUGACUUGAAAUUUCCCAUGUGGUCUACUUCUGCUGAUUUCUAUUUGUCCUAAUAAAACACAAAUACUGCACAUAAAAA